AUGGAAAAGAGCACAAUAGUCAGGUUCACCGCAAAGUUUCUUGUUGUGGCAAGUGGUGAGAAUAGUGCAGAGAAUAUUCCAAUGAUCCCCGGACUGCAAAGUUUUCCGGGUGAUGUCAUCCACUCCUCAAGCUACAAGUCAGGCAAGAGCUACUCUGGCAUGAAUGUAUUGGUUGUUGGAUCUGGCAACUCCGGAAUGGAAAUUGCUUAUGACCUUGUGGCCCAUGGUGCCAAUACUUCAGUUGUUAUACGAAGCCCGAUUCAUGUAGUGACAAAGGAACUAAUCCGGUUGGGGAUGACACUUGCUCGCCGUCUUCCACUGAAUCUAGUGGAUAACCUCCUUGUGAUGGCGGCGAAUUUAAUAUUUGGAGACCUAUCGAGGUAUGGCAUCAGAAGGCCAAAAAUGGGUCCAAUGAUCCUCAAGUAA